UCAGAAUGGGUGAUGAUCUAGGCUCAAGGCCCAUAGUGACGUUGACAACUCCACAAGGCCUUGAGGACGAUGAAGUUCUAUCUUGUGUGAUGCAAUCUCUUGCUGUGGCACCUCUCCUCGAUAUUGCCUCUGAUAUGGACAUACAGGACCUACUCACAAGUAUGAAACAGCUGUUACUCCAGUUCUAUGAGGACACUGUCAGCAGGGAGGCAAUACAAGUACCUUUAUUGACAUUCAACAGGAUAGACCCAACAGUGAUUCCACUGAAGACGCUAACGAUAACGUUUUCUGACCUGUGGAACACCCCUGGUAUUGACCGUGUCAAGCUUCUGGACAAGUUCUUUGAAAUACUGCCCACUUUUGAGAGCUUCAGAGAGAAUUUUGCAUACGAUUACGACGUGUUAGAGUUCUUAGGAGUCUUACUGGAUAAGAUAAUCGAGGACUUGAACAGCUACAAGAUAGAUGAAGAGAUAACGAAUAUAAAGCUGCAAGAUUAUCUCUUAAACAUUUUCUACAUAACUCUGGAACAGGACUGGGAGCUCUUGAAAAAGAAGUGGAAUAUAAACUUCUACAUGAUUGAGAAGCAGCUAGUGUACCUUAUAGCUGCACACUCUCAACUCAACCUUUCCAACUCUGAAGUGACUCUGAAACAGAUUGUAAAGACAAUUACACAAGCCUAUCCCAAGAUAGACUUCAAUAUCUUGCUGGAACUAGGUAAAGAUUACCGGUUAAAGUGGAAACAAGAGAAAAGGAACGAGAUGGUACGAUCACUCUUGUUCGACCCGGAACUCCACACGGGAUCCCUACUGGAGAAGAUACUGGUAGAUAUUAUCCUGCCCCUAGGAGAUAAUAUCAACAAACUACACACACCUCGUUUCGCUUUCAAAUGGUUAAUGUCGCACACGAAGUUCCCUUAUAUUGGGAUACACUUAACGAAGUUAGCUCCACCUUGUCUCCAACUCAUUUCAAGUUCUCACGACGAAAACAAAAUACUAGCUCUCAAAUGUUUCAACCUCAUCAUUGAAAACAUCGGCAGAAGCGAGAUGAAAGUUAACAAUUUUGAUCACGUGAUUUGUGAUGAGAUCAUGAAACUGAUCAACCACCCAAGUUUCGAAGUUCUUGAACUUUCCAUACCGUGCAGCUUAUCACUAAUGAACUUGAUGACUGAUCCACCGCAUAAACUACAAGAAUUGUGGAGACCGAACAGUUUUGAUAUGUAUCUCUUAUCGUAUCUUGAGUACGCUGCGUACGAAACAAAAAGCAACAGAAAACACUUGUAUGUGAAAUAUUUAGAGAGGAUUAUUCAGACUUGCAGACAAGCCAUCAUCAAACAUCUCAAAUCGAUCGUAACCCUACUAAUAGACUACAUGAAAGUGAGGGAUGUUGAAGAAGUCAGAUUGUCCUGUCUAAAAUGUCUGAAACUUUUGCUAGUUCACGGUUGGCCAAGGAUUUGUACUCAUUCCAUUGAUAUUCUGAUGUGUUGCGUGAACGUCGUGGCAGAGUCUCAUUCUGAUGAAAACACAACUGUUUAUAAUGAAACCAGGGAUUUUGUUCUAGCAUUAAAAACACUUUGUAAUGGUAGUUUGGAUAAGCAUUUGGAGUGUUUGAAAAGUUUUAGUAACAAGGGGGUUAAGAACAUGGUCGCGUAUGUUAUGGAGAAGAAAACUGGGAGCUGAUUUCUCUCAUGUGACCUCUUAUCUAUUAAUCUGACAUUUUAUAUUGUAAUUGUUGACGAAACUUCUUAAUUUCCUU